AGCAGGCUCAGGAGAGAAUGAGGAAGAAGGUGGAGGGAGGAGACUGCUGCCGGCACUCCUUGUUCCCGCCUUCAAAUAGGCUCUUUCUUAGGGCAAUAGAAGUUGAAAUAAAGUGGCAGAGGAUACGAAUAUUUCUUUUAAUGUAAUAUCACUAUUUUCAUGAAAUCUUUUCUUCUGUAAAAGUUGGGCCUCUGUGCCUUCCAAAACGUGCACCUCUUUCUGAAGUACACACAAACACUUUAAGAAAGCACCUCCUUAGUCCAUUAGAAGCAUCUUCUUUUCUCAUCUGUCUCUCUUCAUUUUUAGACUUCCUGGUCACACUUCAGCACAAAACUUUUUCUUAUUUUACAAUGCGGAAUAAUCAGUCCUAUUGGGGUAAUUCCUGCAAUGUUACAACACUUAAAAUAUUUCUAAAACAUAACAUUUUAAAAGAAGGAACAUUUUGCAAAAUAUUUUCUUUUACUUUAUAACCUCAUUCAGGACUUCCCCUUCCUCCCAAGCUCAGUAUGGUGUCAAAAGAUAGUUGAUACAGGCCAUUAAGAUUUACUUUUCAGUGGAAAAGGAGUCCAUUUUCAUAAAACUUCUUUAUCUGCUGUAUCAGAUGCAAGCCACAUGGAUGCCAUCAUUAGAAUUUUAUUUAAUAAUUUUAAAAUUUUCUGCAACAGAAAGUAAGCUUGGGGAGAGGGAUACCAAAAUUCAGAUGAGAGGGCAAACCUGCAGUUUCUAGUGUUAAAACUUUCUAUUCCUGGAAUGAUAGCAAACACUGACUUAAAAUAUUCGAAAUACAAUUUAAGGAUACAUAUUUUUAGGGCUUAUGUUCAACUUGUUAAAAAAUAGUCUUACAAAAUGUAACUUUUAAAGAGCAGAGUGUAAAUAUCACAGUCUUGAAAAUAAUUAGUGGAAACAAAAUUUCUUAGCCAUUUUUUUCUUGAACAUGUGCUAAACUGUAUCACUUUGCUAGGAAGGGAAUUAGCAAGGUGGUGUUUUGUUUUUGUGUUUUGCCAGUACAGAGAUGGUAUAAAAACAGAGGGGUUCCCAGAGUCAGGGAACAAAAUGCUUACAUAAACACUACUUUUUGUUGACUUGUUUGUUUUAAAAACAAGAUAGGGUUUUCAUUUCGGGAAGUCAUAACAACAUCAUGUCCUUCAGCAGCAAUUACAAAGGAAGUCUGUGGCAGGGUGACUGGAAAUUCUUGGUGUGGUGACUAUCAAAAGAAAAAAAAAUAGUACAUUUAAGAAAUAUAUAAUAAGAAUACAUACAUGAUUCAAGUUGAAAUAGUAAGUUUUCACCUUCCAACUGUAGAGUCCAAUUGGGCCAAUUAACAUGAAAGCACGAAGUGGGAUCAAGUAGUGAUCAGAAGCAGAGCACUAAGCAAGCUCUAAUUUUAAAUAUUCCAUUGCCAGUGAAUUUUCUCCAGCUGUAAAGAUGCAGAAUGUACAAUUUACACAUUUUGAAGUUUUGGGACAAACACUUUUUUCUUUGAUAUAGAGCAAUCCAAAUGUCUCAGUGUUCUUUGUACUUCAUAGAGUUGUUUUCAAAGAUUAAAUGAGAUAAUGAUGACAGCACUUUGAAUAUUUUAAAGCUCUAGAUAUCUAUAUAAUCUCACUUAUUCCUACACAUUUAUCUUAUACAAUGGAGGUAAGAUUUAAAAACUAAAAUAAAAUGUCCAUGGUGUUCUCUUAAUCUGAUGAAAGCAUUUACGCAUUAGGUGGAAUCAUUUUUCCUGGAAAUAUUUUAAGAAUAGGAUGGACAGCCACCUGUUUGGAUAUCAUACAAUGUGAAGGCUGUGAGAUGAAUUACAUGAGUAUUUCCCAGACCCUUGGAUUUAAUGAACAAUUAAAAAUAAUAACAGCAAUCAUGAUAAUAAGGAGGAAGAGAUAAACAUGGUGGACAACUCUACAUUUUACCAAGUCAAAGCCUCCACGUUAAGGAACCUGAUGAGGCAAAGCUACAAUUUUGUGAGCCAUGUGUGUCAUGCAAUAGUUUUUGAUAGCUGCUGCCAAUUACAUUGACUAAACUUAUUGACAGACCCGGGGAAGAAUUUUCUAAGAAGCUUUGUAGCUGGUGCCUUCGGAGUAUGAUGGCAAAUCACCUUGUAAAGCCUGACAAUAGAAAUUGCAAGAGGCCAAGAGAAUUGGAGUCUCCAGUGCCAGAUAGUCCACAGCCGUCCUCUCUUGGAAAAUCAGAUUCAUCUUUCUCUGAAAGUUCUGGACUGUUUUAUAAAGAUGAAGCCUUGGAGAAAGAUUUAAAUGUUUUCAAAAGGCACAUGGGAAAUACUCAUCAGAAAAAAGCCAUCUUUGGGCAGUGUCGGGGUCUGCCAUGUGUUGCACCGCUACUGACCACAGUGGAAGAGGCUCCACGGGGCAUCUCUGCUCGAGUCUGGGGACAUUUUCCUAAGUGGCUCAAUGGCUCUCUUCUGCGAAUUGGACCUGGGAAAUUCGAGUUUGGGAAGGAUAAGUACAAUCAUUGGUUUGAUGGGAUGGCACUGCUUCACCAGUUCAGGAUGGCAAAGGGCACAGUGACAUACAGGAGCAAGUUUCUACAGAGUGAUACAUAUAAGGCCAACAGUGCUAAAAACCGAAUUGUGAUGUCAGAAUUUGGCACACUGGCUCUCCCGGAUCCAUGCAAGAAUGUUUUUGAACGUUUCAUGUCCAGGUUUGAGCUGCCUGGUAAAGCUGCAGCCAUGACUGACAACACUAAUGUCAACUAUGUGCGGUACAAGGGUGAUUACUACCUCUGCACUGAGACCAACUUUAUGAAUAAAGUGGACAUCGAAACUCUGGAAAAGACAGAAAAGGUAGAUUGGAGCAAAUUUAUUGCUGUGAAUGGAGCAACUGCACAUCCUCAUUACGACCCGGAUGGAACAGCAUACAAUAUGGGGAACUCCUUUGGGCCAUUUGGUUUCUCCUAUAAGGUUAUUCGGGUUCCUCCAGAGAAGGUGGACCUUGAGGAGACCAUCCAUGGAGCCCAGGUGAUAUGUUCUAUUGCUCCUACAGAGAAGGGGAAACCUUCUUACUACCAUAGCUUUGGAAUGACAAGGAACUAUAUUAUUUUCAUUGAACAACCUCUAAAGAUGAACCUGUGGAAAAUUGCCACUUCUAAAAUUCGAGGAAAGGCCUUUUCAGAUGGGAUAAGCUGGGAACCCCAGUGUAAUACGCGGUUUCAUGUGGUGGAUAAACACACUGGACAGCUUCUUCCAGGGAGAUACUACAGCAAACCUUUUGUUGCAUUUCAUCAAAUCAAUGCCUUUGAGGACCAGGGCUGUGUUAUAAUUGAUUUGUGCUGUCAAGAUAAUGGAAGAAUCCUAGAAGUUUACCAGUUACAGAAUCUCAGGAAGGCUGGGGAAGGGCUUGAUCAGGUCUAUAAGUCAGCAGGCAGAUCUUUCCCUCGAAGGUUUGUUUUGCCUUUAAAUGUCAGUUUGAAUGCUCCUGAGGGAGACAACCUGAGUCCAUUGUCCUAUACUUCAGCCAGUGCUGUGAAACAGGCUGAUGGAACGAUCUGGUGCUCUCAUGAAAAUCUACAUCAGGAGGACCUAGAAAAGGAAGGAGGCAUUGAAUUUCCUCAGAUCUACUAUGGUCAAUUCAGUGGCAAAAAGUAUCGUUUCUUUUAUGGCUGUGGCUUUCGGCAUUUGGUGGGGGAUUCUCUGAUCAAGGUUGAUGUGGUGAAUAAGACACUGAAGGUUUGGAGAGAAGAUGGCUUUUAUCCCUCAGAACCUGUUUUUGUUCCAGUACCAGGAACCAAUGAAGAAGAUGGUGGGGUUAUUCUUUCUGUGGUGAUCACUCCCAACCAGAAUGAAAGCAAUUUUCUCCUAGUUUUGGAUGCCAAGAACUUUGAAGAGUUGGGCCGAGCAGAGGUACCUGUGCAGAUGCCUUAUGGAUUCCAUGGUACCUUCAUACCCAUCUGAUGGGACAACCACAAGGUCUGGAAACUAGGUUUAAAAUAAAUGUGCACUUGGACAUAAAGACUAGAGCAAUAGACACUGAGGACUCCAAAAGCGGGGCAAGGAGGAAGAGGGGCAGGGGUUAAAAAGCUACUGAUUGAAUACUAUGUUCCCUAUUUGGGUGAUGGGAUCAUUAGAAGCCCAAACCUCAGCAUCACACAAUAUACUCAUGUAACAAGCCUGCACAUGUACCCCAGAAUCUAACAUAAAAAUAAAAAGAAAAACAAAGAAUGCACUGUAUAGAAAAGACAGAGCAUAAAGGGCACUGUACCUCCCAAACCAAUGUCCCAAAUAGACAUUUGGUUUAAAAAUUUCUGUUAAAACCAUAAUUCACUAUUUCCUUGCCACUGCCAAGUUACACCAUGGCAGAGGCUCAAGUGCAUAUGAGGUUCUGUUUUACCCUUAAUACACCAUCAUGGCCAACGGAGGCAUUGCUGCUGGAGGUGUCAUGACCAUUAACACUACUUUAUAAGAGGUGCGGAAGACUGCCGUCACCCAUGAUGGCCUAGCAUGUGCAAUUUGUGAAGCUGCCAAAGCCUUAGACAAGCACCAAGCCCACCUUUGUCUGCCUGCACCCAACUGCAAUGAGCCUAUGUAUGUCAAGUUGGUGGAGGCCCAUGGUGCUGAACACCAACUAACCCUAAUUAAGAUUGAUGACAACGAGAAACCAGGGGAAUGGGUAGGCCUCUGUAAAACUGAGAGGGAAACCCCCAAAAGUGGUUGACUGCAGUUGUGCAGCAGUUAAGGUCUAUGUCAAAGAAUCUUAAGCCAAGGAUGUCAUUGAGGAAUAUUUCAAAUGUAAGAAAUGAACAAAUAAAACUUUGGCACUCA